GCGCAGGCAGAGCGGAGCCGUCGGGCCGGCAGCUCCCGGGGCAGGUAACCCGACGCCGCUGUCCUGCAUUAUUGAGCUACGGGCUCGGGUUACUGGAGCCUGGAGCUGCCCGGGGCAGCGGGGCUGGAUGCGGGCAGGGCUGGGCACCCCGGGAAGAGGGGCUCCCCUCCAGCCCGAGCCCCCGGCCCUGCCUGCCUUGCAGAGCAUGACACUGAACACGCAGCACAGCAGCAAGAGCCCGGUGCGGCGCCGGGCCAGCACCCCGGUGCCCCUGUGCCACCGAUCCCGGAGCCCCCCGGAGCGGCCGGAGCCCCCCAGCACCCAGCCCGGGCAUGCCCGGUGGCCCCAGCCCGGGGACAAGGGCUUGGCGUGGCGCAGCAACUGGUCCUCGGACUCAGCCGGCUCCUGGGAGUCGCUGUACCGCGUGGUGCUGCUGGGGGACCCCGGCGUGGGCAAGACCAGCCUGGUCAACCUCUUCGCUGGUGUCCCGGAGAGAGAUGUACCCGAGCCGCUGGGAGAGGACACGUACGAGCGCACCCUGUCCGUGGAUGAUGAGGAGACCACGCUGCUGGUGAUGGACACCUGGGAGCCAGCACCACGGGCCCAGGAUGAGGAGAACCGGUCCCACAACUGCUGCCUGCAGGUGGGGAAUGCCUACAUCAUCGUCUACUCCGUCACGGACCGGGGCAGCUUCGAGAGUGCCUCCGAGCUGCGGAUCCAGCUGCGCCGCACCCGGCAGUCUGAGAACAUCCCCAUCAUCCUGGUGGGCAACAAAACGGACCUGGUGCGGCGCCGAGAAGUCUCCGUGGAAGAGGGCCGGGCCUGCGCCGUGGUCUUCGACUGCAAGUUCAUCGAGACGUCGGCCGCGCUGCAGCACAACGUGGCUGAGCUCUUUGAGGGUGUCGUGCGCCAGCUCCGUCUACGCCGCGACGGCUCGGAGGCCGGAGACCAGUGCCGUGCCACUCCCGCACGCCAGGAGAGCCUCACCAAGAGGGCCCGGCGCUUCCUCGGCCGCCUGGUCGCCAGGAAGGUGGCAUUGAAAGCCCGCUCCAAGUCCUGCCAUGACCUGGCCGUGCUCUGAGACCCGCAGCCAGGUGGCCGAGCACGCUCCUGCAGCCGUGUGCAUGGGGCCUGGCAGACUCUCACUGUGUGCCCUGCCCUGGUCUGGCUGCAGCCACAACAGGGGAUGGAGCCACCUCCCCUCGGCGGCAGCCUUGGAAGCUGUAAGGCCCUGCCAGAGGAGCCCCUGUCCCGCUCCCCUGGGCAGAGCAGCCCCAAGUUGCUCACCUGCAGCCCUACAGGACGAGGCGUGGAGCCCAGGCGUGUACCUCUGCAAGGAGGAGGCCCCCCAGGAGAGGGCAGGGACCACCAGGAGGAUGUGAAAGCACUGGGGUUAAAUGUGGCACUCUGUGGCAGAAACUGGGGGCAGCACGAUGGCCCUGAGUGUUGCAGCUGGCACGAAGCAUGGUGCUGGUGGGCACUCAAAGGAGGCCUUGAUCUAGGCUGCGAUGGCACCUUGUGGGACAGGGCAUCUCCAGGGACAUAUUCACUUCAGUGCUGGCAUGGGGGAAGAGGAGGAUGCUUUGAGGACUGUUGUGGGGUGGGGCCUGGCCCGUGGGGGGACAACAUUCCUCAGAGCCGGUGCCCUGGUCCUGCCAGCGGGGACUCGGACUUUUGUACCAGCCUCGCUCUUUUGUGCACUGUUUCUACAACUGGGUUUUCCCGCUGUCUUUUGUAUGAGCGCGACGAUGCCCCUGAGCCCCGCAGAAUAAACUGAACCCAGAGCGA